UCGGUAUACCCACAAAAUCUGCUGUAUUGUUACGACAGUUGAUCCAGUUUUAUAGUAUGAGUGCAAAGAAAAUAGAGCUGAAGGUCGGUAUUUACUGCGAAAAAUGCAAGACCAGAGUGCUGAAAGCAGUUGCAAAACUUAAAGGAGUGGAUGAGAUAACGGUGAAUGCUGAGAAAGGAAUACUUACUGUCGUGGGGAGUGUUGAUCCUGUGUGUGUCACCACCCAAGUGAGGAAAGCAGGAAACUAUGCAGAAAUAAUGAGCGUUGGGCCGCCAAAGAAACCUGACCCUCCGAAGCCUAAACCUCCCGAGCCAGAGAAACCAAAGCCCGUCCAGCCGCUGCCACCAUGUUGUGACCAAUGCCAGCUUGUUGCUGUGAGUUACGUUACCCAUGAUGGCUUCGUUUGCUCCAUUCUCUGAUGUAAAAUCUUGUAUUUUGUCCGUUCAUUUGUUCUGGUGUUGUUGCUUCCGUUACCUAAGGUGUUGCAGUUUGUCUGGUUCUAUGACAAGAAUCUUGUUUGGUUUC